AUUAUCAGAGCAGACAAAUCUGCUUGAAGCCACAUAGCAGAACACAGGCUGAACGUGACCCUCUGUCAGCGGGUUUCCCCUCCUGGGAGUCCAGGAAGGGGGACUACAGAGACCCAGGUCUUUGUGCAAUCAUCAACAGCUCUGGCAAAAUGUUUUUCAGAUUCCCAAGACUGACUCCGGGCUACAUCAGAUUACUGCAGACCCAGGCCUACCACAAUGUGUGUGUGGUACGUCCGCCCGAGAAGACCAUGCCUGGCAUGGCUAUGCUUCUAGGAGCCGUGGGGAUCGGAAUGUGCGGGUACAGCUCCAGGCAGUUGGCUCUCUACCACCGACCUUCCAAACGUGUGCUUCAGAGCGUUGGCUCGCACACUGAUGCCAGCAUGAUGGGCGCGGUGGUCUUCAGGGCGCCCUUGAUGGAUGCUACUCGCAGGGCUGGAGCCUACCAGGAGAUCCCACCUCCCUCCUUUGUGGGGCAAAAGUUUGUUUAAAAGAAGCGCAUUGGUCGGUGGGCCAACAUAGGAUGUCUUUCGAUAAUCACACUGUUGCAUGUCGAAGAUUGUAGCUAUGCUGGCCCAUUGUGUGAAUGAGGCCCAUGUGCUCUCGGAUGACAUGCAAGUGGAGUUAUCGGAAUGAUUCAACCUGUGUUGGCAGAGUUCUCUAGAGUCCUGUAGUUCCGAUAAUUUGUCUUUAUCUCAAAACAGCAGUGUAGUCAAAUACCGUGUCAGCACUAAGCAGUUCUGAUAUCAGAACGAUCAAAUGUAGUGUGAUUAAUUUAGAUCCCCUUGUGUCUGUUUUUCCGAUAUAAAAAAGGAAUGAGGUAUGGCAGCGGUCCUUCAUACACAGACGGUAUCCAAAACGUUCCCGUCUCAUGAUAAAUGUGAGGAGAGCAGGUUCUGUCCUUGAACAAAGCCCCAAACUAAAACGAUCAAUUAAAGACAAUGUGGAGGUCAGAGGUUGGCUUUGUGACUCAAUUAAUAGCCCUCUAAGAAUCGGCCACUAAUUGAGUAGCAAAGCUUGGUCAGGGUGAUGAAGUAGCAGCGCCUUGUUGUUGUUAUGAGAUUACGCGACGGUGGCACGCAAGCUGGGUAGACGAUUUAUAAAUGAGCUCAUAUGUAAGAGGUGUUUAGACCGCAUCUACUAUUCCUACCCAUCGUAUAUAGAAAGUCCCUGUGCCCUCAAACUGUACCUUUCUCCCUGCAAUGUCCACCAUUAGUCUCUCUAUGCACGGGUGUGACAGUGGUGUCCUUGUUCACGCCCUCAAAAAAUGCAGUUAAAAAGAGAGAUGGAUAUAAAUUGGCGAGGCAUUGAGAGUGGUUGAGAAUGUGUGCCGUGCCUUAAGGAGAGCACAGGGUCGAUCUCGGAGAUUGUUCGAAACUUUCUCCCAUGAGCUGACUGAAAGAGGCGUAUGAUUAGACAAUGAUUCAUUUGGGGCAUCAUUUCAUUUCUGAAGAGCAGGUCUUUCCUGUUUGACUUAUUUAUGACAGCUUGAGAGUUCAUUUAGAAAGGCAAUCACUGACCUCCUGAAAUUCAUCCCAAUAGGAUAUUCCAAAGAAAAAAAUCUAAUGUUGGCUCUGCUGAGGGGAAUCUGUACGACAUGCACGUAGAUUUUGUCCUCCUUGUCAGACUGGAUGCAAAGUCACAUUCAUGUUUUCUCUAGGGUGGGGAAUCAAUAUGGGGUGUGUUUCACACAUUAUUUUGGUCAGCAGAGAGAGAUUAAAGAGAAUCUAUCAUUAGAGUUGCGGGGAGGAGGAUAAGGAGACACCUUUAUGCACUAACCACUUUUUGACAUGCCACUCCUCUGUUUAGGACGGAUUACUGCCAGACAUGUACACUGAAAGGCAGGAAUAAAAAUUAUUGACAAUUUCUGCAUCCCCUCAUGAAUGUUAAAUUAACUGGAUUUAAUGUCUGUACAACAAGAAUGACCUGUGUUCCCUUUAGAUGACAGUUCUGCUUUGUUAGUGGUACAAGUGAAAUGUAAUAAAAACAACUCGUGUGAAAUAAAGGAUAAUUUGGCAAAAUCCA